AUGGCUCAACAAAAAUCAAUUACAUUUUUCUUUAAAAAAAAACGUGAAAUAUCGGAAGUAGAGGAAAAUGAUGAUGUAAAGGAGCCUGUUGCUACUACACCAAAACGAAUUAAAACAGCAUCUAAUACACCAGUAGCAUCACCUUUACGAAUUUCUCAAUCAAAUUCCAAUGUUAAUUCACCUAAUUUAUCAAAAACUGAAGAAGAAAAACGUUUAGCUGAACGUGUAGAAAAUAAUCGAAUUUUAGCAAAAAUGAAACUUGAAACUAAAACAACACGUGGACUCGUUGUUGAUGUGGGUAUAUCAUGGUAUAAAGCAUUUGAAAAAGAAUUUUCUAAAGAUUAUUUUCAAAAGUUAGCAAAUUUUAUUGCUGAUGAACGAGAAAAAGGUGUUACAAUUUAUCCACCACCACAUCAUGUUUUUACAUUUACACGUAUGUGUGAAUUAAAUGAAGUUAAAGUUGUUAUUCUUGGACAAGAUCCAUAUCAUGGACCAAAUCAAGCACAUGGUCUAUGUUUUUCAGUACGAAAAAAUGUUCCACCACCACCAAGUCUACAAAAUAUGUAUAAAGAAUUACAAGCUGAUAUACCUGGUUUUGUUAUUCCAAAUCAUGGUACAUUAUCUGGUUGGGCAAGACAAGGUGUUUUAUUACUCAAUGCUUGUUUAACUGUUGAAAGAAAUAAAGCUAAUUCACAUAAAGGAAAGGGAUGGGAAAAAUUUACAGAUGCUAUUAUUCAAUAUCUUAAUGAUCGUUCAGCUAAUAUUGUUUUCUUACUUUGGGGUAGAGAUGCUCAAAAUAAAGGAGCACGAAUUGAUAAAAAUCGUCAUCAUGUUUUAACAGCUGCUCAUCCAUCACCAUUUUCAGCUUAUAAUGGAUUUAUGGGUUGUAAACAUUUUUCUAAAACAAAUGCUUUUCUUAAAGCUUCUGGUCUUGCUGAAAUUAAUUGGGCAAAUUUACCAUCGGAAGAUGAAAUGCCAUUUGAUUAA